UUCUGACAGCUUGUAAGAACUCUACAGGGAUCGAUUGGCCGGAAACACUCCUUGCGGCAUUAAUCCUUCACUGGGCUAUUUACCUGGAAUCGAUUCUACCGCAGCAACAAGUGCAGUUUUCCAGUUCCUCAGCGUGUACCGGCGCGUCUGCGGGGGUUCUGAAACAGAAAAAGAUUAAAUCGCCCAUUCACAGUGAGAUGAGAUAAAAAUCGAAAGUUGCAUGUUAGGUAGGCAUUCAUAGAUACAUCUGGUACUGGCGCUGGAACUGACAAAAACUGGUGGACGGAAGGUUGCUGGCGAGCAGUGAUAGGCCCUGGAUGGUCUGGCCCUCCGCUUGAGGAGACCGUGUCAGCAGCUGAGCAAUGGGCGACAGCAUCAUCGGCUCGGCGAGCUUCCUCCAUUUGGGGGACGUAGUGUCCCUCUAUGCAGAGGGAAGUGUUUGUGGUUUCUUGAGUACUCUUGGCUUGGUCGAUGAUCGAACGGUGGUAUGCCCGGAAGCAGGAGACCUGGGAGCGCCUCCCAAAAAGUUUCGAGAUUGUCUCAUCAAAAUAUGUCCUAUGAACCGAUAUUCGGCCCAGAAGCAGUUCUGGAAGGCGGCCAAGCAGAGCGCCAACUCCAACACGGAUGCUAACCUACUUAAGCGAUUACAUCAUGCAGCGGAAAUCGAGAAGAAACAGAACGAAUCGGAGAACAAGAAGCUCCUGGGCACGGUCGUGCAGUAUGGCAGUGUGAUUCAGCUUCUCCAUCUUAAAUCGAACAAGUACCUGACUGUAAACAAGCGCCUACCGUCGCUCCUCGAAAAGAAUGCGAUCCGUGUAUAUCUGGACGCAAAUGGUAACGAGGGCUCCUGGUGGUACAUAAUGCCUUUCUACAAGUUACGAUCGACGGGCGACAAUGUCGUCGUCGGAGACAAGGUCAUCCUAAACCCCGUGAAUGCUGACCAGCAGAACUUACAUGUUGCCGCCAACUACGAGCUACCCGACAAUCCUGGCAGCAAAGAAGUAAAUGUCCUUAACUCGUCAACGUCGUGGAAGAUAAGUUUGUUCAUGGAACACAAGGAGAAUCAGGAGCACAUCUUGAAAGGUGGCGAUGUAGUACGUCUAUUCCACGCCGAGCAGGAAAAGUUCUUGACCAUGGAUGAGUACAAGAAGCAGCAACAUGUGUUCCUCAGAACAACAGGCCGCACAAGUGCAACUGCCGCGACGAGCAGCAAAGCUUUGUGGGAGAUUGAAGUCGUCCAGCACGAUUCUUGUCGUGGGGGCGCCGGCCACUGGAAUUCCCUAUAUCGUUUCAAACAUCUGGCAACAGGAUAUUAUCUGGCGGCCGAGAUAGACGCAAGUGAAUCGAUACUCAGCGACACUGGAGAGUCGAUAAGUUCAGGUAGGUCAGGUUACGAAGUAAAAUCGCCGAAGAAUAAAGACUCUCCUCUUUGCAUUACAGACAAUCGUCCUCGAAACGAGCAGUAUCGUCUGGUUUCCGUUCCGUACUCAAGCGACAUCGCCUCCGUUUUCGAACUUGAUCCAACAACCAUGACCAGAGCAGACAGUUUGGUGCCGCAGUCAAGCUACGUUCGAUUGCGCCAUUUGUGCUCCAACACAUGGGUUCACGCCACCUCAAUUCCAAUCGAUGUCGACGACGACAAACCGGUCAUGUCGAAAGUUUGUUGUUCGCCAAUCAAAGAGGACAAGGAAGCCUUCGCCCUCAUUCCUGUCUCGCCAGUUGAAGUUCGUGACUUGGAUUUUGCCAAUGAUGCUUGUAAAGUGUUGGCGGCAAUGAGUGCCCGUUUGGAUGGGGGCACCAUCUCGAAUAACGAGCGACGCUCGCUCAUAUCCUUGCUGCAGGAUAUUGUUUUUUUCAUCGCUGGCAUGGAGAAUGAUCAGAAUAAAUCCAAAGCUUUAGAGUUGACUAUUAAGAAUCCCAUCCGCGAUCGGCAGAAAUUGCUCAGGGAGCAAUAUAUUCUCAAGCAAUUGUUUAAGAUUCUGCAGGGACCAUUUCAGGAAACUGCAGCUGGUGAUGGUCCGUUUUUACGAUUGGAUGAAUUGAAUGAUCCGAAAAAUGCACCGUUUAAGUAUAUAUUUCGUUUGUGUUACAGAAUAUUGCGAUUGAGUCAACAGGAUUACCGUAAAAAUCAGGAAUACAUUGCAAAACAUUUCGGUCUGAUGCAAAAACAAAUUGGCUAUGACAUCCUAGCCGAGGACACCAUCACCGCUCUUCUUCAUAAUAAUCGUAAGCUUCUUGAGAAACAUAUAACCGCGGCCGAAAUCGAAACCUUCGUAGGACUUGUACGAAAAAAUAUGAAAAAUUGGGAUUCACGCUUCCUAGACUAUUUAUCUGAUCUGUGUGUAUCAAAUCGAAAAGCUAUUGCCGUUACACAGGAGCUCAUUUGCAAAAGUGUACUUAGCUUGAAAAAUUCAGAUAUUUUAAUUGAAACGCACAUUAAGGAAUUACCUCCUGUAUUGAUCCUGGAGGAGGAAGAUACAGAUUUUGCUGAUGAGAAUAGUGUAACGGAUAAAACAGCUUUGAUACGUAGCAUUUCGGAUACGGGAGCGGUUCAAGGUAAACGACGUGGUGGUAGUCUUGACAAGGAAGAUAGGAACGAGAAGAAAUAUGAAGUGUAUUUACAAUGGAAAGGACAGUUGAAAACAAAAUCUAUAACGGAAUUAGCGAAAGGGAUGUCUAUGGGACGUAAAGAGGAGACCGCCAUAUUGAACUACUACCGACAUCAACUGAACUUGUUUUCGAACAUGUGCCUAAAUCGUCAAUAUUUGGCCUUAAAUAAUCUCUCCCCGCAUUUGGAUAUAGACCUCAUACUCAAGUGUAUGUCGGGUGAAACAAUGCCAUAUGAGCUUCGUGCAUCAUUCUGUCGUUUAAUGCUUCAUUUGCAUGUGGAUCGUGAUCCACAGGAGCCGGUCACUCCUGUUAAAUAUGCACGCCUUUGGAGUGAGAUUCCAUCAAAAAUGUCUAUUUAUGAUUAUGAUUGUAAGAGACAGCCAGAUUGUAAUAAAGAAGUGGUACGAGCGCGCUUCAAUACUACUAUAGCCUUUGUAGAAAAUUAUUUAUGCAAUGUAGCCGCAAAAUCUUGGCUGUUUACCGAUCAGGAUCAGAAUAAGCUAACGUUUGAGGUAGUGAAAUUAGCUCGAGACCUGAUCUACUUCGGAUUCUACAGUUUUAAUGAUUUAUUACGUUUGACGAAAACUUUAUUAUGUAUCCUGGAUGUCGUUUCAUCAGCUGAUUCCUUGCCGGAUACCCGAUUUUCAAGUAAUGAACCUGAAUGUACCCUAAAUUCUCCUCAAGAAAAUGCUGAAGGUGGUGUACUACGAUCUAUUGGCGACAUGAACACAGUGAUGACAUCCCUUGCCUUGGGUCCUGUCGGAACUGCAAUGGUAUCUCCAGCCAUAUCGAUUCAACAACGAAAAUCAGUUACGAUGCUGAUGAAAGAGUAUCCUCUGGUGAUGGAUACUAAACUGAAAAUCAUUGAAAUCCUUCAGUUUAUCCUGGAUGUUCGUCUUGACUAUCGGAUCAGUUGCCUUCUCUCGAUAUUCAAGCGAGAAUUUGAUGAAACUGAACCUCCUACUGGGGAAGCGGUUAGUAUACGUCAGAAAAACAUCGAUUUGGAGUCGAUCGGAGUACAAGCCGAAGGAAUAUUUGGGUGCGAUGGAGAAUCAGCAAAUCUAGAUUUGGACGGCCAAGGUGGAAGAACAUUUCUUCGGGUACUUCUACAUUUGAUAAUGCACGACUAUCCGCCGUUGGUUUCGGGAGCGUUACAUUUACUAUUUCGGCAUUUCAGCCAACGACAGGAAGUCCUUCAUGCUUUUAGACAGGUGCAACUUCUUGUAUCAGAUAAUGACGUUGAAUCCUACAAGCAAAUCAAGACGGAUUUGGAUUUACUUCGUCAAAGCGUGGAGAAGUCAGAAUUGUGGGUCUACAAAUCAAAAACCAACGAGGAUACAAAUCAACCAAUUAUUGUCGAUCGAUCCCUUGAGCUUGAAAAAGCAGACGAUGUGAAUCUCAAUUCCGAAUAUGGAGCAAGUUUAAGCAGUGAACAAUUGCAGGAAUAUCGCAAAGUCAAAAAAAUUCUGAUAAGCAUGAAUAAGUUUUGUGUUACUCCAGGUCCGAAUGUAAAACCUCGCAAACAUGAACAGCGUCUCUUACGCAACGUUGGAGUUCACACAGUUGUACUUGAUCUCCUACAAAAUCCUUACGAUGAAAAGGAGGAUGUACUUAUGAAGGAACUGAUGUGUUUGGCGCAUGAGUUCUUGCAAAAUUUCUGUUUAGGGAAUCAACAAAAUCAGAUUUUAUUGCACAAUCAUUUGGACUUGUUUUUGAAUCCAGGGACCCUCUCGCUUGCAUUUCAGAUUCUCGAGGCUAAGACAGUUUGUGCCAUCUUCAAAGAUAACUUAGCACUUUGCAAUGAAGUCACUGACAAAGUUGUCCAACACUUUGUACAUUGCAUAGAAAUCCACGGUCGACAUGUUGCCUAUUUGCAGUUCUUGCAAACUAUUGUUAAAGCUGAGAAUCAGUUCAUUCGCAAGUGUCAGGACAUGGUCAUGCAGGAGCUCAUAAAUGCUGGCGAGGAUGUACUUGUAUUCUACAACGAUAAGACCUCAUUCAACCAAUUCGUAGCGAUGAUGCGGAAACAUGACCCUUUGACCGAUGACAACCCGCUUAAGUAUCACGUUGAGCUAGUCAAGCUACUUGCAUGCUGCACUAUGGGAAAAAAUGUCUACACUGAAAUUAAGUGCAACAAUUUACUGUCUCUAGACGAUAUAGUGACUAUAAUUUGUCACUCUGAUUGCAUUCCAGAAGUCAAGGAGGCUUAUGUCGACUUCCUGAACCAUUGCUACAUUGACACAGAAGUUGAAAUGAAAGAAAUUUACUCGUCAAACCAUGUUUGGAAUCUAUUUGAAAAAUCCUUUUUAGUUGAUAUCAACCACGUAAUUAAUGCAAAUGUGCCAAAUUCUGCCUCAGACCCUAGUCAUCGAUCCAUGAUCAAUUAUGUAGUGAAUGGAAUUAUGAACAUUCUGAGUACAUUUUUCAGUAGUCCUUUCUCAGAUCAAUCGACUAUUGUUCAGACUCGCCAGAUAAUUUUCGCCCAACUCCUCCAGGCAACAUACAAACUGUCUCAGUGCAAAUGGCUAACGCUAGCAGAACGUUUCAAUGUGGAUAACUGCAUCCGUACCCUUUCAGAGUCUGCGAAAAAUCGAGGCAUCGGUAUACCAGCGGACCUAGAGAAUAGGGUUGCUUCAAUGUGCAAUAAGUCCGCGUUAUUCACACGCCAGACGACAAAAUGGCUACUGGCCUCAAAACAGCCGAAAGUAGAGCGAUCUCAGUCGCAACUAAUGCGAAUGGAUCGCAGUAUAAUUGAGGGUCUACAGGAUAUCGUUUCGCUACUAGAAGAUCAAUUAAAACCGCUUGUUGAGGCCGAAGUUUCGCUACUUGUUGACAUUCUCUAUCGUUCCGAACUCCUGUUUCCUGUUGACACAGAGUCCAGAAAGAAAUGCGAAAGUGGGGGCUUCAUACGACGCCUUAUCAAGCAUACGGAAAAACUGCUCGAAGAAAAGGAGGAGAAAUUAUGUGUUAAGGUCCUGCGAACACUUCGCGAAAUGAUGGCUAUGGAUAUUGACUAUGGUGAGAAGGGUGAUACUCUACGUUCAGCACUGUUGACCCGAUAUUUUGGCAAAAGAUUUUCGCUUAAAUCCAAUGACACGUCGGAUUCUAAGAAGACUGCGCAGUACCAAGUAACACACGGUCCUGGCGCUAAGUACCUGAUUCGGGCCGGUCGUACUUUACAUGAAGUCCAGAACCAUUUGGAUAAAGAAGGAGCAUCGGACUUAGUAGUGGAACUAGUUAUUAAGUCAAUUCAUUCGUCAUCGAUAUUUGUGGAAGCUGUUGAGCUUGGUAUUGCGUUACUAGAAGGCGGGAAUCCUAUAAUACAGAAGGGGAUGUAUAAUAAAUUUUUGAGUGGAGAUUUCAGUCAGGCGUUCUUUAAGGUAUUUUUUGAUAAAAUGAAAGAUGCUCAGCAAGAAAUCAAGUCAACGGUCACAGUGAAUACGAGCGACAUAGCUGCUAAAACGCAUGAAAACAAGCAAGACGUUAAGGAUCUUGAGAAGAUCUCUCGUAAACACGAAGUAAAGUCCAAUGGAAUAAUCAUAACCGAUGAGCUCCGGGAAGAGCUUAACAAUGCUGGCAUAGCGACAGCACGAGCCUAUAGCAAUGCUCGCAACAUUACCCCCGGGGAGGAGAAUACCAUGCUCAAUAUAGGUAGUGCUCUUGAGGACAUGUUAGCGGAGAAACUGGAAAAGCACAAGGACAAAGGGGAUCGUAAUAAGCUGUCAUCAAAAGUUCUGGUCAUGCAACCUAUUCUGCGUUUCUUGCAAUUGCUCUGUGAAAAUCACAACCCUGACUUACAGAACCUCCUUCGUAAUCAAAACAAUAAAACCAACUAUAAUCUCGUAUCUGAAACUUUAAUGUUCCUCGAUUGCAUUUGUGGCUCAACAACAGGCGGACUAGGACUCUUGGGAUUGUACAUCAAUGAAAAUAAUGUGGCCUUAAUCAAUCAAACUCUGGAAACGCUUACAGAGUAUUGUCAGGGUCCUUGUCAUGAAAACCAGAACUGUAUAGCUACGCAUGAAUCCAAUGGUCUUGACAUCAUAACGGCUCUAAUUUUGAAUGAUAUAAAUCCACUUGGCAAAAAUCGAAUGGAUCUGGUACUCGAACUUAAGAACAAUGCAUCUAAGCUCCUGUUAGCCAUCAUGGAAAGUCGAGGUGAUAGUGAGAAUGCUGAGCGUAUCCUGUACAAUAUGAAUCCAAAACAAUUGAUAGAAGUUGCAUGCAAAGCCUUCCAUCAGGAGGAGGCGGUUGAUGACAAUGAAAAUGACGACUAUAAUCCAGAAGAUUCAGAUGAUGAUGUCGGUGUUUCACCAAAGGAAGUCGGUCAUAAUAUAUACAUUUUGUGUCAUCAGUUAUCUCAGCACAACAAGGAGCUUGCCGCUUUAUUAAAAACAAAUGAAAAUAUCCAGAACUAUGACAACAAGAUGAGUCAGGCGCUUUUGUAUUAUGCAACCCAUACGGCUCAGAUAGAAAUUGUCCGGCAUGAUCGCACUCUUGAGCAGAUUGUCUUCCCCAUACCGGAAAUUUGUGAGUAUCUCACGAAUGAAACAAAAGUUAAGAUCCUAAAUACAGCGGAGCGGGAUGAUCAAGGAUCAAAAGUUGUGGACUUCUUCGAUCGAACGGAAGAAAUGUUUAAUGAGAUGAAAUGGCAAAAGAAACUAAGAGGACAACCGCUUCUAUUCUGGGUUAGCAGCUACAUGUCCCUCUGGAGCAAUAUUUUGUUUAAUUGUGUUGUUGUUAUAAAUUUAAUCGUUGCAUUCUUCUACCCAUUUGAUAAUACAGUACCUGAACUUAGCUCACACAUGUCAUGUUUAAUUUGGGCCAUCAUGAUAUUUUCAUUUGCCAUUGUUAUAACAUUGCCACGAGAAUCUGGAAUAAGAACACUGGUUGCAUCAGUUAUACUGCGAUUUAUAUUUUCAUUGGGCCCAGAACCAACAAUGUGGCUAUUAGGGUCAAUAACGGUUGCUCUGAAGUUCGUUCAUAUCGUAAGCAUAAUGGGCAACCAUGGUACCCUUGAGAAGAAUUUUCUUAAAAUAAUAACAGACGCACAGUUACUUUAUCAUUUUGGUUACUUACUAUUAUGUCUGGCUGGCCUACUGUUUCAUCCGUUCUUCUAUUCGGUUUUGCUCUUCGAUGUGGUAUAUCGGGAGGAGACUCUACUCAAUGUUAUACGUUCUGUAACUCGUAAUGGACGGUCAAUUAUUUUAACAGCUGUGCUGGCCUUAAUCUUAGUCUAUAUGUUCUCAAUAAUUGGAUAUAUAUUCUUCAAGGAUGACUUUCUAGUACCAGUUGAUGAGGAAGUUCAUUUGGAUUCAAACGAACCCAUCAUACACCACAUGACCGAAGGUCUUCCAUCAAGUGGUAAUCAUAGUGAGGAAGUGUGCCAUAACCCAUCAUCACCUACAGCCUCUUCUGAGUGCAAUCGAGUUAUAACAACAACACAGCCCACUCCAAGUGAAGGCAGUGGAGGUGAACAAAAAGAACGAGCAUGCGAUUCUUUGGUUAUGUGCAUUGUAACCACUCUAAAUCAAGGACUACGAAACGGAGGUGGUAUUGGGGAUAUCCUGCGAGCCCCAUCAAGCAAGGAACCUCUAUUUGUAGCACGUGUUAUCUAUGACUUACUAUUCUUCUUCAUCGUCAUCAUUAUUGUGCUGAACCUUAUUUUUGGUGUUAUCAUCGAUACAUUCGCCGACUUGAGAUCGGAGAAGCAGCAAAAGGAGCUAAUCUUGAAAAAUACUUGCUUUAUAUGUGGACUGAACAGAUCGGCCUUUGAUAACAAAACUGUAAGCUUCGAAGAGCACAUUAAAUGCGAACACAACAUGUGGCACUAUCUUUAUUUCAUUGUUUUAAUCAAAGUUAAAGAUCCAACUGAAUUCACUGGUCCGGAGAGCUAUGUCUACGCGAUGGUCAAGGCCUGCAUAUUGGAUUGGUUUCCACGCUUGCGUGCCAUGUCCCUUGCCGCGAUUGAUGCUGAAGGGGAACAGAUUGAACUUCGUAGCUUGCAAGCACACCUGGAGCAAACCCAGGUGCUUGUCUCCAACCUAUCACAACAGCUACGUGAACUAAAGGAUCAAAUGACCGAGCAACGCAAACAAAAGCAACGACUAGGCCUCCUAAACACCACAACCAUAGGCCUAUCUAGUGCAUAUCAAUUCAAUUCGCAUUUAGUGUAAGAGUAUCCUGGAAAACAGGAGCUGAGUUCCUUGUAAGUAGGAAUAGCAAACAGGGUAUAGAACGCAGCAUUUAAUUGUGUCUACAUCGAAGGAUCUAGUUUUGAAGCAAAUUAAAUGAAGAGUUGAAAUCUAUGGAGAAUUGUUGGUUUAAGGUCUCCAAUGAGGCCCGGUAAAUUUUCUGCACUCAGCUACGGAAUGAGUCGUGCCACUUGCGGUUUAAAGUCAAGCAUUUUUACUGGUCAGUGAGUAGAUACAAAUAAAAAAAAAUCAACUUUGAGUUGGUGGGAUAUGUUUAGUUAAAAGCCGUUACACGUACCAGUUCUUCGGUUUGUCAAUUUAUUUUGUGGUAGUUUCUCUUGAGAAUAAGAAUUAAUUUAAAUUAUUUAAAGCGGUACCGUUGUCAAAAUCAACAUGCUAAAGUAUUUUCCCUGAUACAGACCCAUGAUCGAUUUUCAUAUCCACAUUCGAGCGUAGCGCUGAAUCUCAGAUAUAAAUAGACCAAAAGAAAAGUUAUAUAAUUACAUCAAGCAGGACUGUUACUAUACGGUACGCAAACGCCCAUGCAAAAAUUUUACACUUUCGACUCAACAUCUACACACCUUAAGAAAACAAUACAUAGAAAUAUGUGGCGAACAAGAAGAUGCAUCCCAAACAUAUUUUAUAUAGCAGAAUAGUUCAAAUAAAUCAAGCAAUAUUUCUAACCGUAACGAAUAACUAAUGUUGCGUAUCGUCAAUAACAAAUUGCUAACUAGAAAAAGUUAAAUAAUGGUUUAUUUGCAUAUAUAUUUGUUGAAUUGUUAUCUAUUUGUUAGUUUUAAUAUAUCUCAUCGAGUCUCGUUUACUGAAAGUGUCUGAAUCAUUCUAUUAAGCCGAAUGGGCCAAGUAGGUCCAUUUCGGUAGCAUUUAUUGCUUUUCUAUUCGUACUUUCUUUGAUAAUUAUGUUUAGAAACAAUUUUAUAUAAAUGGAAAAAAUCCUCAUCAAAUAUUAUCUAAUUUGUGUAUCUGUUAUUACUGUUGAAAAGCAACUAUUUCCAUCGAAAUCGAAUCGCUCAAAAGUUUAAACUUAUUUAAUAUAUGCAUUAAAUGAACGUUUAUAUGUGUGAAGUGAAUAUAUAUUAGCUUAUUUGUGAGUUUAUGUUACUGGAUAAAAGAAAAUGUAGUAAAGUUUAUUGGAAGAAAAA